AAUGGGACUGGGAAGAACAGUGACAACAGGCAGUGAGCUCUGAGCAAUGCACUGAGGACUGGAGGCUGCUUCUCAGGACACAGAUCAUCAAGUCUUAGGACCGACAGGAGCUUUCUCACCGCAGAACACACUUCUUGGGGGCUUCAUAUUUUAUCGUCUACUUAUUCCGUUUUUUUUUUUUUUGUUUGUUUUGUUUUUUAUGGUGGAAAGUUUAUGAAAAUUUUGAACAUUUCGGCAGGAUCUCAAUGAUCCAGAAAGUCGAGGACUAUCAUCAAAGUCAGUAACUGGGAUCGUUUGAUGCAAGAAGAUGUUUUCAGCAUCUCACUGUUAUGGGCUCUUUGCAUUAGUUUUGUACCAAUGGCUUGGAAUGUCAUUCUCUCUCAAUCUCGAGGAUCCAAACGUGUGUAGCCACUGGGAAAGCUAUUCUGUAACAGUUCAGGAAUCAUAUGCACAUCCAUUUGACCAGGUCUAUUACACCAGCUGCACAGAUAUAUUAAAUUGGUUUAAAUGCACAAGACACAGAAUUAGUUACCGCACUGCAUAUAGACGUGGAGAAAAAACUAUGUAUAGGCGCAAAUCUCAGUGUUGCCCUGGGUUUUAUGAAAGCAAGGACAUGUGUGUGCCUCACUGUGCUGAUAAAUGUGUUCACGGCCGCUGCAUAGCUCCCAACACCUGUCAGUGUGAGCCGGGAUGGGGAGGACCCAACUGCUCCAGUGCUUGUGAUGCUGAUCAUUGGGGGCCGCAUUGUAGCAGUCGAUGCCAGUGUAAAAAUGGAGCACGUUGUAAUCCCAUUACCGGAGCAUGUCACUGCGCUGCUGGCUUUAAGGGCUGGCGAUGUGAGGAACGAUGUGACCAAGGGACAUACGGAAAUGACUGCCACCAAAAGUGCCAAUGCCAGAAUGGAGCAACUUGUGAUCAUGUAACUGGAGAGUGCAGAUGUCCCCCUGGUUAUACAGGAGCCUUCUGUGAAGAUCUCUGUCCACCCGGUAAACAUGGCCCUCAAUGUGAGGAAAGAUGUCCAUGUCAAAAUGGUGGAGUUUGCCACCAUGUCACUGGAGAAUGCAGUUGCCCUGCGGGGUGGAUGGGCACAGUCUGCGGCCAGCCUUGCCCUGAGGGUCGCUAUGGCAGAAACUGUACCCAGGAGUGCCAGUGUCACAAUGGAGGUACAUGUGACUCUGCUGCAGGUCAAUGUCACUGCAGCCCUGGAUACAAUGGAGAACGAUGCCAGGAAGAAUGCCCUGUUGGGUUGUAUGGAAUGAACUGUGCUGAGACCUGCCAAUGUCUUAAUGGUGGAAAAUGUUACCACAUCAGUGGUGCUUGCCUCUGUGAGCCAGGUUAUACCGGGAAACACUGUGAAAAGACACUAUGCACAGAGGGCCUCUAUGGGAUGAAGUGUGAUAAAAAGUGCCCGUGUCAUGGAAAGAACACACAAAGCUGUCAUCCUAUGUCUGGAGAAUGUUCCUGUAAGCCUGGCUGGUCUGGACUCUACUGCAAUGAGACUUGUUCUCCCCGCUUCUAUGGCGAAUCCUGUCAGCAGAUCUGCAGCUGCCAAAAUGGGGCAGACUGUGAUAGCGUGACUGGGAAAUGCAUCUGUGCUCCGGGUUUUACGGGCACAGAUUGCUCAAUAGCUUGUCCAGCUGGCAAAUAUGGGAGUAACUGCUCUUCUGUAUGUAUGUGUAAGAAUAAUGCUGUGUGCUCCUCAGUAGAUGGCUCUUGCACUUGUAAAGCAGGUUGGUAUGGUGUGGACUGCUCUAUUAAUUGCCCCCGAGGAUCCUGGGGUUUGGGCUGUAAUUUUACUUGCCAAUGUCAGAACGGAGGAGCCUGUAAUGCAUUGACUGGAACAUGUACCUGUCCCCCUGGCUGGAGGGGGGUGAACUGUGAACUUCCGUGCCAGGAUGGCACCUAUGGAAUGAAUUGCACUGAACGCUGUGACUGCAGUCAUGCUGAUGGUUGUCACCCAGCUACUGGGUACUGUCGUUGUUUAGCAGGGUGGGCAGGUAUGCACUGUGAUAGUGUCUGUCGAGGAGGACACUGGGGACCAAACUGCUCGAAGUCUUGUAACUGCAUGAAUGGGGCCUCCUGCUCACCGGAUGAGGGAAUCUGUGAAUGUGCACCAGGAUACAGAGGGACUACAUGUCAAAGGAUUUGUUCUCCUGGAUUUUUUGGGCAUCGUUGUAGCCAAGCUUGUCCGCAAUGCGUCCAUAGCAAUGGUCCCUGCCACCAUGUGACAGGCAUGUGUGACUGCUUAGCUGGAUUCAUGGGCUCCCUGUGCAAUGAAGUUUGUCCCAGCGGCCGCUAUGGAAAGAAUUGUGCUGGUAUUUGUACAUGCACCAACAAUGGGACUUGUAACCCCAUCGAUGGAUCUUGUCAAUGUUACCCAGGGUGGAUUGGCAGCGAUUGCUCUCAGCCAUGCCCACCGGGCCACUGGGGUCCCAACUGUAUUCACACCUGUAACUGCCAUAAUGGAGCCUUCUGCAGUGCGUAUGAUGGAGAGUGCAAGUGUUCUCCAGGGUGGACUGGACUGUACUGCACUCAAAGAUGCCCGCUAGGUUACUUUGGAAAGGAGUGUUCUCGAGUUUGCCAAUGUCAGAAUGGUGCCGACUGUGACCACAUAACUGGGCAAUGUACAUGUCGCACAGGAUUUAUGGGAAAACACUGUGAACAGAAAUGCCCAGCAGGUUCGUAUGGAUACGGAUGCCGACAGGUUUGUGAUUGUGUUAAUAAUUCUACAUGCGACCACAUUACCGGAACCUGUUACUGCAGCCCGGGCUGGAAAGGUACAAGAUGUGACCAAGCUGUAAUGAUAAUUGUAGGAAACCUGAACAGCCUGACCCGCACAAGUGCUGCAAUCCCUGCUGAUACCUACCAGAUUGGUGCCAUUGCUGGCAUCAUUAUCCUUGUCCUGGUUGUCCUCUUUCUGCUAGCCCUCUUUAUCAUCUAUAGACAAAAACAAAAGGGCAAAGAGACAGCGAUGCCAUCUGUAUCCUACACCCCCACUGUCCGAGUCCUCAGCACAGACUAUACCAUUGCAGAUACUCUGCCACACAACAAUGUUGGAAAUCCUAACAGCCAGUACUUCUCUAACCCAAGUUACCACACAUUGAGUCAGUGCACAUCAGGACCUCAUCUCAGCAAUAUGGACAGAAUGGUAGUUUCUAAGUCUAAAAGCAGCCAGCUCUUUGUAAACCUCAAGAGUUUGGAUCCUGGAAAGAGAUCACAUACUAUUGAUUAUACAGGAACUCUGCCUGCGGACUGGAAGCAAGCAGGAUAUCUGACUGAGCAUGGUCUUUUGAAGAGUUCUGCAUAUAGCAUUAGCAGCUGUUCAUUGAGCAGUACUGAAAAUCCAUAUGCAACCAUCAAGGAUCCGCCAGUUCUUCUACCAAAACACACCGAGUGUGGAUACGUGGAGAUGAAGUCACCAGCACGCAGAGACUCUGCCUAUGCAGAGAUAAGUAAUACCAGUCUGGCCACUAAAAAUGUGUAUGAAGUCGAACCCACUGUGAGUCUUGCCCAAGGAGGAUUCAACAGCAACAGUAAAGCCAGCCAAGAUCUCUAUGACCUUCCAAAGAACAGUCACAUUCCUUGUCACUAUGACCUUCUUCCUGUCCGGGACAGCACUUCAUCGACUAAGAAUGAGGCAACCAAUGAAUGAUAGUAGCAAUCAGUCAAACCCCGGCAUACGAAGGCUGACUCCUGCUGAACUGUAUGCUUCACUUCACUAGACUGACAUCAAGUGAGACUACUGUCCUUGGUAUUAAAUGACUACGCCAGCAAAGCUGGAAACAUUGUUUGCCAAGCAAAGGACAACCUUAAAGACCAGAUGGAUGAAGUAGUGAUGCUGCCUUGAUGAUACACAAGGGCUGUUUGUGAAGCUCACCAAUAUGCUGUAUAACAGUAGACAAUAUUUCCAGUCUUUGAAAUACAUACCACUAAUAACUCAUUUCAUGCACAAACUGGAGGGCUCUGAUUCCAAGGAUCUUUAUUGCUCAGUCCUAAUUUCCUGAUGGCAACAAUACAUUUUUUAGAGAUUGUUCUUUGAUUUGCACUGACCUGGCUGUGUCAUACAAGUCAUUUGAGUGUCUGUAGUACUGUGUAUUAGUAUGUUAGAGACGUUGUAUGGGUACAACACAAAUAUGAAUGGAAAGUUGGAGACCACAAGUUAUACCACUACAUCAAAUGUUAAUGUUAGUUUAUUCAGCGUAUGGAUGUGUUUGUGUAUAAACACAAGGAGAUGUCUACAACAUUUUAUUAAUGUGUGGUAGAUACAAUGUGGGCUUUAUUUAUACUUAUUUUGGUAAUCCUUUCACAAAUCAGACUUGAAGCUUCUGUUUAACAAGACUAAAAUGGGUAAAAAGUUUCUGGAUACAUUGAAAUAUGGCUAUAACCAAAUAGUCAUAUGUUGGCUUCACUUAGUUCUUACUCUAAAUUUUAAAAAGUUAAUCAUGUACAAUGUUCAAGCAUUCUCAAUCUAUCCAACCCUUCACAAGGGCAUUGCCCACAUACUAUGGUAGAUACGAGGUGUGAUUACAUUUAUGAUAGUUAAGGGUCUGACCGCUGGGUACCCCACCUAUCUGCCGGAUGUCGGGAACAAAUGAACGUAGCUGCAGUUCUAGGCAAAGUCAUGUGGAAUGGAUGUCACCGGGUGAAUAAAAAAAAAGCCCAGAAAACCCCUUUUACUACUUAGCAUAUUCAAUGACCUUUGCAAAUAAACAUAUUGUUUAUUUAAAUAGGGUAAACAGAGUAAUGUCAAAUGACAUACGGAUUAUCUUUCAGGAAGUAAUUUUGUCGACAAGGAUUCAGAACCCACAAAAUUGCAGCUUCCAUUCUUGGUAAUUGCUGGGUAAAUAUAACACUGUAAAAGAUGGGCAGAUAACUGCACAAAAUAGAUUUCUGGGACAUGAGUAGGAAUCUAAAAUUUCCCGGCGUCAGGAACAGGAUGCUGACUAUAUGGACUGACUGGAGUUUCUACAAUGGAAUCAAGCUAAUAGGUUCUAAGGAGAAACCUAGUUACCUAUAACACAUUCUGUUUUGCCAUUAACCUUUAGGACUCCUAAAAUGAUUUGAAAUGCCACAUGCUUCUGCGCAUAUUCAGAUGACAUUUUAUUUCAUUAUGCAAGGUGCAUAUCAGCAACUCUUUCCAGUAAUUUUUCCUGUGGUUGUGUAGUGAACUUGCAGAGUGUUGUACAAGACCAGUGUUAUUAAUCUUAGUUUGUUUGUAUUUUUGUUUUGUUUUUUUAAGAUGAUAUGUGUUGUAUUAUAGCUAAUAUUUACAGUGCCAUGUUUAGUUUACUUUUAUGCUAAGAAACUCAAUGCCUGUGCAUACUUAAGGUAACUUCUAUUUUAUGUUCUUCUUUUAUAGUGAAAUUAGAUUUUAUGCUUUAUGCUUAAGCUGGUCUUUUGCAUAGCUUUUUAAAUUUUUUUUUUUACUUGUUCUCUAAUUUUCAAUACAAAAAUGUGUAUUCUAUGGUUUAGUUUGUAUGCAAAUACAUUAUUAUACGACUUAAUGGCGAGAGGAAGGGGGAGUAGAUUGUCCAGCCAACUAAAAAAACACCUAUAAUGUCAUAUAAAUACAAUUUAAAGAUGUAUUUUAGGAUUGAAGUCUUGGUGCUACUGUUUUUCUUUUUUUCUGUGACUCUUACAGGUUGGUUAAAAUUGGGGCAAGCCGACUGUUACCAUUAAUAUUUUCUAUGUUUUGUGCUUGGAGGAUAUGUAUAAAAGUGGUGUAUUAAAAAGAGUUGAGGACAAUCCCAAAUUUCUAAGGCAUCUCCAGCAAUCUUGAGACUAUCGUGCCUACACUUUUAAGAUGAUAUUGAUUGAGUACAGUUUAUGUAAUUUCAUUUUGCUAUUACCAUUGCUAUUCUUUUCUGUUAUCUAUGCUAAAAGUGACCAUGCACCCUAUACUAUUAAAGGGUAGCUCCCACCAUCCUAUUUUUUUUUUUUUUGCUAGCCCAUUCCCCCCCACCCGCUACGGCACUAGCCCAUUCACUCCUCCCCCCCCCCACCCUGCAUACCCCGUUCCCUCAUUACACUUGCAGUUACUGCAGAGUCCGGCAGCGGGCGUGCAGGGACAGCGGCGGCGGCGAUGUGCGGGAGGAGUGGCCUCCCAGCCAGUGGCCGGGGAGCCAAUGCGCUCGCUCCCACCUGUCUGAUUGACAGGCAGGGAGCGAGUGCAGCCUAACUGAAAAAGGACUGAUUGCCACUCCAAAAUCAGUCCUUUUUCAGUGGCCGGUUUUUAAAUGUAAAUUAAACCUUUUUAAUGAAAAAAAAAAUAUAAUAAAAGUAUAUUAGAGAUAGGUUGUAGUACAUAAGUACUACAACAUAUCAAAAAAUAAAGUUGGUGACAGUGGCCAUUUAAUAGUUUAUUCUGCUGACAGCUAUAACUCCAAACUCCCCCAUAUACAUGCAUGCUUGGCUGAGAGUGCAUAUGUUCUCAGUGACUGCUGUCAGACACAUUUGUCCUUGGCUUAUAACCUGUUAAAACAAAGAAUCCUUAUUUCUCCCAAUAUCUGCGUUCCAGGGAGUCUCAGGACACCACUAUACACAGGUAGUUGUGUGAUCUAUCAAAAUCAGCGGGUUUGAGUAAGGUUUCUCUAAUGUGUAGGACCAUCUUUAGUUGGGAGACACAAUGCUCUAGGCCAACAAUGGCUUAUAAUUUAUUUAGAACUGAUUUCUGUAGUAAUCAGUCACUAACAAGAGAAUUAGGAAUAGUGAUUAAAAUCCAAAAUUUUCCUGUAUAUAGGUAAAGAAUUUUAAUGAGUCUAUCCUACAAAUCCUUGCAUGUCCAAACCUUAAAGCCAACUUUUUAUGGCUCUUGUCCUUUCUGUAGUCUUGAUCUAACACUAUCCAGGUCAGAAUGUAAAAGGUGGGUCUAUCUUGGUGUUAUAAUUGAUCAGAUCUUUGAUAAAAUAAAAAUAAUAAUUUCCAUGUUGCAUUUAUUGUUCCAACGGAUUCCAGGUAUGCCAGUCUACUUUUCCGUCUAUAAAGUUUGUAGAAGAGAGAUUUUGUACACAUAUUUCUGAUCCCAUUUGAUAUUCUUUUGAGCAGGUUAAAUAGGACAAACAAAAGUAGUAGAGAAUUAGAAUAAUUUCUCUUCUCUUAAGCCUGCUUUCUUCUCAUCUGUCCAUGAGUUGUGUCUGUACAGCAGUACUGCUCCAUUUUAUUGAAUCGGCCUGAGAUGCAAUACCACAUACUAUACUACCUGUAGGCAGGUGUGAUAAGAUUUUUAGAAUAAAGCAGCCACAUUUUGCUAAUCAACAAUAAUAAUAUUCAUCUUCUUUAUCUCUAUCCAGAGAUAAAAUGAUUAUUUGGUUGGAGCUUUCCUUUAAGUUAUUUUUCCACAUAUACUUUUAUCAUUUACUUAAGCUUUUCCACUGAAAUUAUUUGUUUUGCUUUCACUGUAAAUUGAAGAUUGUAUAUUUUGUAUGGAAUAAAUUUGUUGAUAUGUCUUGUGUGGCACACAAAUUGUUUUUAAAUAGGCCAGACUGGUUUGGAAAACUAACAUUACCUCACUGGUCCCCCAUAACUGACAUUCCGACAUUCAGUGGGUUCUCACUGAUCUGUUGGCGGCCAUAGGGACCCAUGAGCAUGGAAAUGGCAGCAGCAAGGGAGUGGUGAUUUAUUUAUUUUUUUUACAAAGCCAGUCUGUUUUUUCUUUAAAGGGUAGCUCCCACCAUCCUAUUUUUUUUUUGAUAGCCUGUUCACCCCCCCCCCCCCCACUACGGCACUAGCCCGUUCCCUCCUCCCCCCCCCCGCCCCGCAUACCCCGUUCCCUCAUUACACUUGCAGUUACUGCAGAGUCCGGCAGCGGGCGUGCAAGGACAGCGGUGGCAAUCAGGCGGCGGCGAUGUGUGGGAGGAGUGGCCUCCCAGCCAGUGGCCGGGGAGCCAAUGCGCUCGCUCCCGCCUGUCUGAUUGACAGGCAGGGAGCGAGUGCAGCCUAACUGAAAAAGGACAGAUUGCCACUCCAAAAUCAGUCCUUUUUCAGUAGCCGGUUUUUAAAUGUAAAUUAAACCUUUUUAAUGAAAAAAAAUUAUAAUAAAAGUAUAUUAGAGAUAUGUUGUAGUACAUAAGUACUACAACAUAUCAAAAAAUAAAGUUGGUGACAGUGCCCAUUUAAAUAAGUGUUUUUCCAGCCAGACAACCCCUUUAAAAAUACAAUAUAGGGAAAAGUAGCUAAAAAUGAAUUACUUUCAUGUUUCACCAAUCUAUUAUAACAUUUCUAAAAACAUGUUCAAAGGUAGAGAAACACAAUCUUUGGUUAAGUAUCUGUUUUGUAACAAUGUAACUAACUCUCUUUUGAGGUCCGUCAGUUGUAAGACAUAAAAUUCUAUCGGGUCUAUCGGCCUCAACAAGUAUAUUAUGCUAAGUUAGAACAAGGUGACACUGAUACAAUACAUGUCUAGGAUAUAAUAUUUGGGGUCUCAGAAUAAAGGUCCACUAGGGCUUGCUGCUCAAGAUUAAAUAAAUAGGCGGAACACCACUGUACAAGGAAGGUGGCCUAUUUUGCAGCAAUAGAAAAGAUGUAAUCUAUGUCAUACUGCAAGCCUUAAAAAGUGUGCAUCCUUGUCUUAUAGAUCAAGUAACCUUCAAAAUGAGGAUGCAGUAAAGCCAUACCUGUAAUCUUAUUGUAUAGUAAUGUGGAAAUAUGUUGUUGUAUAAGUGUGUUUUAUGGUAUUAGCUUAUUGUGUAAAUACACAAUUUUUGUGUUACAAGAUGGAGGACACUGUACUUCAGCCGGUUUGAGGAAGUGUGGUACCCUGUUCUUUUAAUGGUCCAGUCGAAAAAAGAAAAAAAAAGAAAAACAAAAAAAUUCAAGUCUUUAUUAAGAUAUUUUUGUAUUUCUUCCACAAUAAAAACUAUAUUAUUAAAACAGAA